AUGGACGGCGUAGCGUCCCUCCACCCGCCGGAGGGCCCGUCCCCAUUCGAGGCGCACAUCCUCAACCUCCUCAGCACGCUCGACCAGAACCCGUCCCUCCCAUUCCAGACCUCGCCAGCCACCAAGACGCCGUCUCAACUUGCCAUUGAGCGCGGUAUCCUCGCCCUCGCCGAGCGCGCCUCUCACAACGCGUCCUCGCUCCCGCCCACCGUCCCCCAUGGCGCCACCAACUCGCACCUGACCACGCCGCCGCCCCACAACACGACCCUGGCCGCUUGCCCAUCAUGCUCGGCGCCGAUCUAUCAGUCCACUGUUCCGCCCACGUCACCCUUUGCUUCCCUCGAGCUCACGUCGCCCCGCCAGUCGUGGUCGAACGGCGUUGCCGACACUGGCAUGUCGGCUGAGAAGGAACUGGAAUUACUCAAGGCUCAGGUUCAGGACAUUGCGCGUGUUUGCAAGGCUGUCGCGACUGGCGACCUCUCGCAGAAGAUUAUCGUCCCCGUCAAGGGCCAGGCGAUGACGGAACUCAAGGACAUUAUCAAUUCAAUGGUUGACCGGCUCAAGACAUUCGCUACCGAGGUUGAGCGCGUCUCGCUCGAGGUUGGCACCCAGGGCAAGCUCGGUGGGCAGGCCGUCGUCGAGGGCGUCGAGGGCACAUGGCGGGAGCUCACCAACGUCGUUAACCGUCUGGCUGCAAACCUCACCAACCAGGUCCGCAGCAUCGCAAAGGUUACCAAGGCUGUCGCCCGCGGCGAUCUUAGUGAGACCAUCACUGUCGUCGCCAGCGGCGAGAUCGCCGAACUUGCUACCACGGUUAACGGAAUGGUGUAUAGCCUACGGUUACUAGCAGACGAAGUCAGUCGAGUGUCCCUUGAAGUAGGUUCGCAAGGAAAGCUCGGUGGCCAAGCACACGUGCCCAACGUCGAAGGUGUAUGGAAGGAUCUCACAGUUAAUGUCAAUCGCAUGUGUCACUCUCUCACAACGCAAGUGCGGUCCAUUGGAAGCGUCACAACUGCCGUUGCGAGGGGAGACCUGUCCAAGACGAUUGAAAUCGAGGCCGAAGGAGAGAUGGCUGUGCUCAAGGACACUGUCAACUCCAUGGUCAAGCAACUGACCAUCUUUGCGGGCGAAGUCACACGUGUCGCCCUCGAAGUCGGAACACAGGGUAGGCUGGGAGGCCAAGCCGUGGUCGAUGGCGUCGAAGGUGUCUGGGCAGACCUCACUACCAAUGUCAACAAAAUGGCACGAAACCUCACGGAACAAGUGCGAGAGAUUGCAGAAGUCACCAAGGCCGUCGCUCGCGGCGACCUCACCAAGACAGUCAACGCCGAUGUCCAGGGCGAGAUUCUCGAGCUCAAGCUUACUGUAAACGGAAUGGUGGCACAGCUCACCGUGUUUGCGGCAGAGGUCACGCGUGUGUCUCUUGAAGUCGGUACUGAAGGCAAGCUCGGUGGACAGGCCUUGGUUCCCAACGUCGAAGGUACAUGGAAGAUUCUCACGGACAAUGUCAACCUGAUGGCGCUCAACCUCACGACGCAGGUGCGCUCCGUCGCAGAAGUCACAACCGCCGUCGCUGCCGGUGACCUGUCGAAGAAGAUUACAGUCGAGGCGUUUGGUGAAAUUGCCCAGCUCAAGAACACUGUCAACGCCAUGGUGGACUCGCUCCGCUCCUUCUCGUCCGAAGUCACUCGUGUCGCUCGUGAAGUCGGUACAGACGGCCGCCUCGGUGGCCAGGCUUUCGUCCCCGGCGUCGCUGGAACUUGGAAGGACCUUACUGACUGUGUCAACGUCAUGGCUGCCAACCUCACAGUUCAGGUGCGAACCAUCGCCCACGCCACCACCGCUGUCGCAAGAGGCGACCUCACGCAGAAGGUCACUGGCGUGACCGUCUCUGGAGAAAUCCUCGACCUCGUCAACACUAUCAACAACAUGAUUGACCAGCUUGCUAUCUUCGCCGCCGAAGUCACGCGUGUCGCACGCGAGGUCGGUACCGAGGGCAAGCUGGGUGUCCAGGCCGAGGUCGAGAACAUUGAGGGCACGUGGCAAGAGAUCACGUCCAACGUCAACACCAUGGCGUCCAACCUCACGUCGCAGGUGCGCGCGUUUGCCCAGAUCUCGGCGGCUGCCACAGACGGUGACUUUACACGCUUCAUCACUGUCGAGGCAUCGGGUGAGAUGGACAGUCUCAAGACCAAGAUCAACCAGAUGGUGUACAACCUGCGCGAGUCCAUCGAGAAGAACACGAGCGCGCGUCAGCAAGCCGAGCUUGCGAACCGUUCCAAGUCCGAGUUCCUCGCCAACAUGUCGCACGAAAUUCGCACACCAAUGAACGGUAUCAUCGGCAUGACCGUGCUCACUCUCGAGAGCGAGUUGACUCGCCAGCAGCGAGAGAACCUCAUGAUUGUCUCGAGCUUGGCACAGUCGCUGCUCACUAUCAUCGACGACAUUCUCGACAUUUCCAAGAUCGAGGCUGGUCGCAUGACAAUGGAACAGAUUCCUUUCUCGCUUCGCCUCGCCGUCUUCAGCGUCCUAAAGACGUUGUGCGUCAAAGCAUCGCAGAACAAGCUUGACCUCAUCUUCGACAUCGACCCGACGAUACCAGACCAGCUGAUUGGUGACCCCUUGCGUCUCCGCCAGGUCAUCACCAACCUCAUUGGCAACGCUGUCAAGUUUACCACCGAGGGCCAGGUUGCCCUCUCCUGCCGCGUAAAGGCGAAGAGGGACGCCACUGUUGAACUGCAGUUCUGUGUGGCCGACACAGGCAUCGGCAUCAAGCAGGACAAGUUAGACGUCAUCUUCGAUACGUUCGCCCAGGCAGACGGCUCGACGACGCGCAAGUACGGUGGCACUGGUCUGGGGUUGACCAUCUCGAAGCGUCUGGUCAGCCUCAUGAACGGUAACCUCUGGGUCGAGUCCGAGUUUGGCGAGGGCAGUCGAUUCUACUUUACGAUGACGACUGAGGCGACGUCAACUUUGAAGGAGCAGGUCGCCGAGCGGCUGGCGCCGUGGGCCGGGCGGUCGGUGCUGUACAUCGACACGCUCGACGACACUACCGGCGUGAGCGAGAUGCUGCAGAGCUUACAUCUCAAACCGACGGUCAUCCACUCUCCCAACGCGGUCUGGGACCUCAAGCAGGCCCCAGAAGGCUUUCCCCACUAUGACACGAUGAUCGUUGACUCGCUCGCCGCGGCGGAGAAGAUCCGCACUAUUGAGCACCUGCGGUAUAUCCCCAUCGUACUCCUCGCGCCUUCUAACAAGCCGAGCGGGCCUGAGAACCCGUCCUUCAUCGACCUGGAUGAGACGCGGCGGAAACUGCUCAACCUCCCGUCGCCUACCGAGCAAAUACUUUCGCCUGUGCCUGUCAAGGACUGCCUUGACAUGGGUAUCAACACGUACUACACCACGCCCCUCAACCUCCAGGAGUUGAGCAACGCGAUCCUCCCCGCACUCGAAUCGCACCAGGUGCAGCCAGGCGACACGGUCAAGGACACGGUGCUCAACAUCCUGCUUGCAGAGGACAACGUUGUCAACCAGAAGCUUGCAGUCAAACUGCUGGAGGUAGCAGGUCACAAGAUUGAGGUGGCGGACAACGGCGAGAUUGCCAUCGACAAGUACAAGAAGCGGCAAGCGGAGCGCAAAGCGUUCGACGUUAUUCUUAUGGACGUGUCGAUGCCAGUUAUGGGCGGCAUGGAGGCGACGGGGUUAAUCCGCGAGUACGAAGCGUUCAACGGCGUGCAGGCUACGCCGAUUAUCGCGCUCACAGCCCACGCAAUGAUAGGAGACAAGGAGCGGUGCCUGGCCGCAGGCAUGACGGCUUACGUGACCAAGCCACUGCGACGCGGCGAUCUCCUCCAGGCCAUCUCCAAAGUGUUACAGGCCAAGCCGGCGGCGCAUCCGUCGUACCUCGGCGAGGCGUCGAUGGACGACGCGGACCGCACGCUCGUGCUUGCGAGCCGCUGA